AAAAUUUCAUAGGAGCAAAAAAGAGAACACAAAAGCUGGAUUUGUCGGUUGAGAAGACAACUGUGAAGAGAGCGGGAAAGCGAACGACUUCUAUCUCAAAGGACACACCAAAAUCACCAUUGACAGGGACCCUGCAACCUCAAGAACGCGGAGACCGCCAUACCAAUUCCAAGUUUCCAUAGAUGCCACCAGAAGAUGGCAGCAAAACCUUUACUGUGGAUGAGGCCCUUCUGGUCAUGGGGUUCGGAAACUUCCAUGUUCUUGUGCUCUGUUACGCGGGCAUGGCUUGGAUUUCUGAGGCAAUGGAGAUGAUGCUGCUUUCUUUUGUUGGGCCAGCUCUUCGAUCAGCAUGGGGUAUCUCAUCUCAUCAACAAAGCCUUAUAACUAGUGUUGUUUUUGGUGGCAUGCUCGUCGGAGCUUAUUCGUGGGGCAUUGUUUCGGACAAAUAUGGAAGGAGGAAAGGAUUCCUCAUGACAGCUAUGGUUACUGCCGGUGCUGGAUUUAUGAGUGCACUUGCUCCCAAUUAUUUAACAUUGCUUAUUUUUCGUUGUUUGGUUGGUGUUGGGUUGGGAGGUGGUCCUGUACUCUCAUCUUGGUUUCUGGAGUUCAUUCCUGCUCCUAACAGAGGUACUUGGAUGGUUAUUUUUUCAGCUUUUUGGACUCUUGGAACAAUUUUUGAGGCUUCAAUUGCAUGGUUUGUCAUGCCAACACUGGGUUGGAGGUGGCUUCUUGCAAUAUCUUCGAUACCGUCGUCCCUUCUCCUUCUAUUCUAUUGGGAUGCACCUGAGUCACCUCGAUUUUUAUGCUCGAAAGGAAGAACGGCUGAAGCACUCAAUGUUUUGGAAAAAAUAGCAAGAAUGAACAAAGCCAAGCUCCCUCCUGGUAUUCUUGUAUCUGAUCACCAAAUUGAGCUACAGGAAAAGAAUACUCCAUCAGAAGAAGAAGAUAGACGUUUACUGCCAUCUGUGGGGGGUGAAAGCACAAUUUCUAAGACAACAGAUACUAAGACGGGGGCAUUUUCAUCACUAUUAGUGCUUCUUUCCCCCAAAUUAAUUAGGUCUACCUUGCUUCUAUGGUUUGUAUUUUUUGGAAAUGCUUUUUCAUAUUACGGCCUCGUGCUGUUGACAUCUGAGUUGAAUAAUGGGCAUAGUAAAUGUUACCAAAGCAAUUUGCAAUCAUCAAAGUCACAGGAUGUCAACUACAGAGAUAUUUUCAUCACUAGUUUUGCAGAAUUGCCUGGACUUCUCAUAGCUGCCUUCACAGUAGAUAGACUGGGCCGUAAACGUUCAAUGUCAACCAUGUUUUUUGUGUGUUGCGUAUUUCUUUUUCCUUUGGUUAUCCAUCAGCCGCAGAAUCUGACUACAGCCCUUUUGUUUGGAGCUCGCACAUGUAUCACAGCAACCUUUACAAUUGUCUAUAUAUAUGCUCCAGAGAUAUACCCAACCUCAGUCAGAACAUCAGGUGUUGGACUCGCGAGCUCAGUAGGAAGAAUUGGUGGAAUGACAUGUCCCCUUGUUGCAAUAGGAUUAAUACACGGAUGCCAUCAAACUGAGGCGGUUAUUCUUUUUGAGAUUGUAGUUUUUCUUUCAGGGAUCAGUGUACUGCUCUUCCCAUUUGAAACCAAGGGUCGCGAAUUGAGCGAUCAUGUCCAUGUAGCUACCUUGAAUCAAUUAGAAUCAUCAGUAGUAUGAACACUCACUCACUUCAGUUAACAGGUACGGGGUAGCCCUCCUCUUCUUUAUAGUGUCAUAAUUUUGCUGAGAUUAUAUAUGUAUAAAUAUAUAAUAUAUAUAUAUAUAUUUAUAUAAACUACACAGAGAGAGAGAGACUAGGCUCCACCCUUCUCAUAGUCAUGCUUACCAGUUAAGGACACUAAAGCUCCACAGUUUUCAACUAUAGAGUACUUGUAAUAGAGUAUAUGGAUAGAUUACUUGUCUACUAAAGAAACAACUUGGUGUGCUUAUUAAGCAGCACCAUAAAAUACAUUACAUACUGCACCAGAAAGUAAAGAAUACAUUGUUUUAAGAGCUCAUUUGAAAUCAGAAUAAUAAUAAUAAUUUAACAUAUUCUGUUUUGUGCC